UCUACUUGCCUCCAUCGGGAUCCACUGACUUCUUGACUUCCGUGGUCCGUGUGGCUGCCCUCUACCGCUGUUGCUUGGAGCCAGAGCCCUGGCAUCCUGUCUGCACACCCUCUGCUAUUUGACCUCAUUUGCUCUGCUUUUGGCCUCGCCUUGGAGCUGACAGCUGAAAGGACCCCAUCCCACCCUGCAUUUUAAGAUGGAAUCUUUUCUGAGAGUGUCUCUGACAAAACAGAGCAAAAAAUGUUUGGGAAGAAUAGACUGCUGGAGAUUCUGUGAGGUGUUUUUUCAGGCUUAGGUGCAUGAACAGAAUUGUCAAAGCUCCCAUCAAUAUGUCCUUUGUUCUAUUCUUCUUACUACGUCUCUCACACCCACUUACGAUUCUCCUGGAUAGUCCUGGGGCAUCUUAUGGGUCUCACAGUCUACAGAGGCACCUGCUCUUCUUGGUCAUCACCAUUUUCUCUGUUGUUUACCUGGGCUGACCAUGGUGCGAUUCCACCUUGCUGAUAUCCCCAGAAAGGCUAUCCACAGCCCAGAUAGCUUCCAGGGGAACUUUAUAUCAGAGUAGCCUAUGUUUAGUGUGAAUUUACCAAAAACAAUGUCUGUGUCAAAGAACUCAGUGACUGUGUUGAAGGACAGAAGGAAGGGUAGAUGCGGCCACCACCACAGGCAAUACAGGCAAUAACGUUUGCUGUGGGUUAAACUGUAUACUUCAAAAGACAUGGAGAAGUCCUAACCACUGGCAUCUGGGAAUGGAACCUUAUUGCAAAAUAGAGCUUUGCAAAUGUAACUAAGAUAAAAGGUACAAAACUGGACCCAGGUGACAUCUUGGCCUUGGGCAUAUGGACACUGUUGAAAACCGUCCCUCACAAACACUUUGGCUGGACUUUUGACCCUCCUCGGAAGGACCACUUCAAGAGCACACCUUGGGGAAGUAUCGUAUCAUAGCUCGAGUCUGUGAUGAGGGCUCUUGCUACACAAAAACCUAUGUGGCGCCCAGGGUAUUAUAUAAGCCCUUGGCAGGAGGGGAGAUAGUCCGGUCUGUGCGCUUCGGCCGCCGCAGUCGCAGCAGCCACGGCGCAGCAGCAGCGAGAGCCGAGAGCCGCUCAGGUUGAUUUAGAACGCGGGUGACAGUGGCCUGGCGCGAGCCUGCGGCUGACGACAGCGGCUGAUCCCGCUCGGUUUCCAUGGAGACGGGCAGGAGCCGCGGCGGCGGCGGCGCGGCUGUCAGCGAGCGCGGCGACGCGCGCGCGGGGGUCUGCAGGAGGCAGGAGCAGGCCGGGGCCCUCGCCGCAGACAUGGACUCGCAUUGUGAGUGCGCCGCGGAGACGCCCGCCGCAGAGCCGCCGUCGGGGAAGAUCAAUAAGGCUGCGUUCAAGUUAUUCAAGAAGAGGAAAUCUGGGGGGACCAUGCCCAGCAUUUUUGGGGUCAAAAACAAAGGGGAUGGGAAGAGCGCGGGGCCGACGGGGAUGGUGAGAAGCAGGACCCACGACGGACUAGCGGAGGUACUGGUGCUGGAGGGCAGCAAGAAGGAGGAGCCGCCCGGCGGGGGCGAUCACGGCGGGGCCCGGCCGAACCCCGGGCCCCCCAAAGCCGCCGGGCCUGGUCUGGGCUCUCUGGCCAGCAGCUCGGUGGCCAAGUCCCACAGCUUCUUCUCCCUGCUGAAAAAGAACGGGCGAUCCGAGACCGGCAAGGGGGACCCUGCCGAGGCGAGCAAGGCUGGCGGCAAACAAAAGAGGGGGCUGAAAGGGAUCUUCAGCAGCAUGCGCUGGCACCGGAGGGACAAGCGCGGCAAGGAGGAGGAGGAGAAGGCGGCGCGCGCGGCGGGCCCGGGCAGCCUAGUCCUGCCCGGCUCGCUCACCGCCAGCCUGGAGUGCGUCAAGGAGGAGCCGCCCCGAGCCGCGCGCCGCCCGGACAGCCCGGGCCCGGACGCCCCGCGACACGCAGCAGGUGAGCCCGAAGGGGGAGAGCAGGCGCCCGCGUCCGCCGAGCGCGCCCCGGCGCGGACCUGCCUCGAGGCCGCGAGCCCCGCCGGCCCUGGCGACCAGAGCGCCCGGGGAGAGGACGCCGAGGGGCAUUGGCGCGCGGAGAAGCCCGGGGCAGCCCUCGAGUCGGGAGCCGGCGAGGUCCAGGCGGCCGAGGAUGCGUCCAGGACAGGUGACGUUCCGAUAAAGACCGUCCCCCUUGUCGACUCCGAAGGUGGCAGCGGCCGGGCGUCUGCCGUCCCUGACCCUUCCUCUGUUGAUCCACCCUCAGACCCGUCGGCAGAUCGUAUUUGUUUGAUGUUUUCUGACGUGACUUCACUGAAAAGCUUUGACUCUCUUACAGGCUGUGGAGAUAUUAUUGCAGACCCAGAAGAAGAGGCAGGCCCCAGCUGUGACAAGCAUGCCCCCGGGCCAGGCAAGGCAGUGCUCUCUAAAAAGAACACCAGCGUGGUGGCCUACCAAGGAGGAGGGGAGGAGAUGGCCAGCCCGGAUGAGGUGGACGACACCUAUCUCCCGGAAUUCUGGGACAUGUUGUCCCAGACUGAGGACCAAGGACAAGGGCCCCAAGAGGGCGCAGCGAAGGCUGCCACUGCUUCGGACACCAAACUGGCCCCUGAGACCUCCAAUGAUGCCCGGUGUGGGGAAGUAGUCAAGGACGUGUCCUCUGUCAAGCGCAGGAGGCUCCACAGGAUCCCCGUUGAGGCUCAGCAGAAGGACGAGCCAAAGCACCCGGAGAAGGAGCAUCAAGAAGGUGUCCCUAACAGCGACGAGGGCUACUGGGACUCCACCACUCCUGGUCCAGAAGAAGAUAGCGCCAGCAGCAGUAAGAAGGCAGUCAUCCCCAGGGAUAGCGACAGUGGCGAUGCUCUCUAUGAUCUCGACACUGAACCCGAAGGAAGCCCAGCUGCCCUUCCUGCCACAGAGGACCCACCCUGCUUGUCCCGGCUCAAGCCCGUGUCUCCAAGCACCAUCACCUGUCCGCUGAGAACACCAGGCAGCUUGCUGAAGGACUCUAAAAUCCCCAUUAGCAUCAAGCAUCUCUCCAACCUCCCAUCCAGCCAUCCUGUGGUGCACCAGCAACCAGCCAGGAGUGAGAUGCCCAGAACAAAAAUCCCCGUUUCCAAAGUGCUGGUCCGCAGGGUCAGCAACCGGGGUUUGGCUGGGACCACUAUCAGGGCAGCAGCAUGCCAUGACAGUGCCAAAAAGUUGUGAGGUCUCCAAGGCCAAGGAGGAUGGAUGUUCCGUGAGUUAAGGAAUACAACUUUCCCCUGGAAACCACUGAAGGAAGUUUGCUUUCCCCAAAGCAAACCAUUUAGGACCCACCCUUCUCCAUAUGGCCUAGAAGUCUUUGUUGGAGACAGGGACAGGGCACCCUGGAAGGGGGAUGUUACACCUGGAGUUCAGAUAAGUUCCUGGGAAUUCUUUUCUAGCACUUUUUUUUUCUUUUAACUUUUAAAAAAAUCUGGGUUUCUUCUUCUUUUCUUUAAUUCAUGGAUCAGAAGUCGCCUUCCCUUGCUUUUGCAGAAAAUAAAAUUUAACCAAAUCUAACAAAUAUAUCACGCCAGGAUAUCGGGCUGUUCUAGAAUCAAGAGGGCCUUGAGGAAUCACUAACAACAGAAUUCUUGCCUCUCUUUCCAGGAAAAAACAAAACAAAACAAAACAAAGACCCUUUGCUUAUCACUGUGUGGGAAACACCUGCAAAGCUUAAAGAUCCAAAUAGCUAUGUGAUGAGAAGAGGGACUACUGGCUGGCAGAAUCCCCCCGCCCCAACGUCCAGUUGCCAGACAUACAAAUAGGUAAAGAUCUAUCUCUACAAAAACAGAAAGGUUUUAGUUUGGCUGGUUCAGAUCAUUUGUUUGAGGAGAAAUAAAAGGCUCAUGAUUAGUUUAUGUGGUUUUUGUUUUGUUUGUGUAUUUUUUGGGUCUACUCCUCCCUCUUGGGGCAAAAAUUAGGAUCAGGGAAAGAUCUCACUAAAUGCUAGUUACACAGUAUUUUGUCAUUUGUAAACGUCAACCUUCUUACAUGUAGAUAAUGCAUAUUUUAACAGUUUGUCUCACGGUUAACAUUUUACAACCCGUCAAUGAUAUAGAAUUUAGAGUCUGGUCUUAUAGUUGGAUAUGAUGACAAACCAUUGUGGUUCUUUAUGCACUGUAACCUGGGGCAGGGAUGCUUUCGAUUUAUGAGGGUUCUUUGCAUAUAUAUAUAUAUAUAUAUAUAUAUAUAUAUAUAUAUAUAUCCAAUGCCCUUGAACAAUGAUCUGCCUGGCCUUGGUUAAGAGUCCAUUUCUUAGCCCAAACCAGAGAUUUUACCUUGUUUAUAAAAAUGUUGAAUCCAACCAUUUCCCCAAGGUUAGGAAGUCCAAAGUGAACAUAUCAAGAAAUAAUAGAAAAAUACAAGUUUAAAGCGACUCAUUUUACUUUUGCUAUGUAAACCUAUGCCUGAACAGGUGUAUUCUUCAUGUGACACUGGCAAACCUAAGUGUGUAAACAUUCUACUAAAUUACUUUUGAGAAAUGGUUUGAUUCGAUAUUUGCUCUCUAAUAUUUUAGCUGAAACUCUGAUGCCUUGGCAGUUCGAACAAUGCAGUGAAGGGGUUCCUCGAAUGCUGUCAGUGUCUGCUGACUAAAAACUGAUGUCCUCUGGAGGUGCAGUUAACUCAAAGGGCUAGAGCUUCUGCCAGGGGUGCUGUGGCACAUCGGGAGGAUGGCACAUAUCCCAGUGGCCCUGCAUGUGUGUGAACGAUAUGAGCACAGUGUAAUUUGAGUUCUAGAGAGAUGAUUAAGAAAUGGUUUGCUAUUUUGUGUUUUAAGAUUUUAGUUAUAUUUUGUAAAAGAAAAAAAAGAAGCUAAAUAUAUGAAAAUUUAUUUUAAUAGUGUGAAGGAAGCAAAAAUAAGUGGGCAUCAAGGGAAACUUGAUAAGGCAUAAAGGAACAUAUUCCCAUUUCCAAUUUGUAGCAAUUCCCUUAGAAGAGGGGGCAGAGGUCUGCUGUAUCUCUUAGAUUACCGACUUUUACUGUAUUGUCUCAGGUCCUUGAUGUUAUCGCAAAGCAAUGCUUUAAUUUUUAAUUUCCUUAUAUCUAGAGAUGAGACCCUCCACGUACUCAUCACCCUAAGCAUUCUGGACUUUUUAAUCAGAUACUAUACAAGCAUCUCAUACAUGCUCAGGAAUUCAUCUGGAUAAAAAUUAACAGAAGACAUCUCAAAAUAGUUGGGAUUUGGCAAUAUUUUGAAAAUCACUUCUGCCCUUGAGAAAAGAUUUUAAAUCUGAUUAAUAUUGAUAGAAAUAUUUAGACCCAAAAAUGCAUUUGUUUUCCCCUAGAACCGGAGAGGACAUGCAUUUUACUUCUAGCAGGAAAACAAAGGCACUUUUUCCUUGUGCUUUUCCCUGCAAAGAUCCUAUUUACCUUUGCAGGACUCCAUGGCUGGGUUUUGUUUGCACUUGUGCAGCUGUGUAGGGAAGGUAGCAUAUGAAGACUGGGUUCAGACAGUGUCAGAGUAAUGGCAGGUGGUUGCUGACGCACCAGAAGCCCCUCCUUCAAGCCUUCCCAGCUUGGAGGUUUAUUUCUGCAAUCACCCACUAUGCCAUCCUCGCUUUAUAAGUGAAGGAAUAUUUUAGCACUAGUUACCUUAAUUUCCUCCUGGCAAUUAACCAGUUACAAAAGACUUAAAGUGUUUUAUUUAUAAAAUUCUUUUUACCACACUUCCCCCCACCCUGAUUUUUCUCUUUUAUGCUGCACAUUUAAGAACAGCACCCGUGCCAGUCCAGUCAAGGACUUGGCACUUGGCAGUGGACUGAAUGCCCUUAGCUGUUAGCAGUUAGGACAGUGGUCAGCCUUCUCCAAACACAGAAAAGGGAUCAGAGUUGCUUUCUUGUGCCAAGGGUUACUUUGUCUUGCUUGUGUUUGCAAGAAAUUCCUAGAUUUUCAUGCAACUGUUUAUGAGUGUGUUAUCUCACAGUCUUCUGAGAACUGGACAGGCUUCUUUGCUGACUCUUAGAGAAAGGUCAGACAUGAGCAAGUGAUGAUUUCUUGGUAUGUGCGGUUCUAAGGCCCAUCGGAUUGACACCCUUUGGGUAAAGAGCUGCCUGAGAGGAGAGAACAAACAGCUAAGUCAACUGUUGGGCAGGAAUUUGUCAGUUUAAUGGCUCUGAACAAAGACAGCCUGUCUUUAAUAUCUACAACACACACACACACACACACACACACACACACACACACACACACACACACACACACUACUCAUUUAGUCCUGCCUUGGUUCUGCUGGCAGUGGCGGCUCUUAUUCUCCUCCAUCAUGGAGUGGGAGACAUUUCAUUUACUUCAGCAUUUCAAAUAAUCACAAGAGGAAAUACAUUUUUAUGAUUUCACAUAACAACAAUGCAAUACAGAUCAUCAGGACUCCUCUGAGAUUCAUUUUUGCACAAAACUUAUCUGCCCUAUUGACAUGCAAAUAUACAUUCAGUGUUUAAUCUGUGCAGACGACGUCUUGCCCGGCUUAGAGGGCUUACUCACUCAUCUCAGUUCUUUUUCAUUCAUUGAAAUUAAUAUGCCAAGUACCCUAUGCUGACUCAAUUGUCAAGGUCAAAGCCUAUAUCAGGUGUUAAGGUUUCUUUGACCAAACUUUCUAAGAGUUUGCACUUUUCACUCUUUCUCUGAUCUAUCUGGGGGAAGGUCUUUACUAAGAGCAUUAUCUGAAGAGGUUGGCUCUUGUGGUUUUAUCUCCCUUUGUUUUCAUCAUAGUUACCUCCUGCCCUGGAUAGUGAGAAUACAACAUUCUCCAUGUUGUUGCUGGUCUUCUGGACCAUGUUAGCAAGUUUUGCUCCCUCGUUGCUCUUUGUAAAUGUCUUCCUUGCACUGAAAAUGUGCGAACUUGGCUCUCUGGGCUGAGACAUAAGCCAGUCAGUCACCUACACUCUGCUUCCCUCCCGAGUGCUAAAAAAUAUUAACACAAGAGUUUUCCCGUCGCCUCUCCUUGUCUCCAGGAUGGCCAGUUAGAAGGCUCUGCAUAAGGAUCCAAACACCUCAGCUAACCUUGGUCUUAUCCUUUCUCAGCCCACCAAGAAAGGACUCAAUUAUUCGUGUAAGCUCAGCCUUGGAAAUUUUGAUUCACUAUGCAAAAAAAAAAAAAAAACAAAAACAAAAACAAAAACAAAAACAAAAAAAAAAAAAAAAAAAACACGAGCCAGUGAGGGGUCAAUAAGGUCUUAGCAGUGUGUCCCUUGUGUGGCAGAAGAGGACUGCUUAGGAGCACCUCAGGGUGCUUAGUGUGUGCUCGGAGUGGUCACUGGCUGUGUCACCUGCCUCUGCUCUCCAGCCUUCCAGUGGCUGUCAGUUCUAGAGUGCUUCUCUGCGCCUCCCACUCUGGAGAUGGUUUGAAGGAAGCAGUUUGUGGCAAUGAUAGCCACUUAGAAAGAAAGGGAUUGCUCCCCCUGCAGACAGAUGAGCCUUCAAAAGGUGGUUUGGAAUUGAACUAGGGAGAGGAGUUCUUCCUUGAGCGGAAAUCAGGGAAGGUUAAAGUGUCCCGAGUCCUCCAGCUGACGGACAGCAGCUUUUAUGAUAUUGACUUGAACGCAACACACCGCAUAUUUCCAGGAUAGUCGCUAUAUCUAAUACUUACUUAACUGUGAAAAUCCAGUUGGAGGCUUCCGUGUCGCUGUGCUGUUAUCGGAUCUUUUUUUUCCAAUAUUCUUUCAAACACUUUCAUUUGACUCAUCUCCCCUCCUGCAUGUUUCGUAUUUGUGCGUAUUGCUUAAUAGCUUGUAUGUUGGCGCAGAGUGGUGGUAAACCAAGUCCCACAGAUGCUUCUAGAACUUCUGACAGUGGCCAGCGCUUGCUCAACUCUUCUGUGUGCCAGUAACUCCACUUUCUUAACAGCCACAUGGGGUGACACUGUCUCCCCGAUAGGACUUUACUUGAGACUUUUUGUUCUUUCUGACCCUUUCAUUGUAGGCACCCCCCUCUCCCCCUCCCCCCGAGUCUCUUGGGCAGGGCUGCAACUGUUUAGUGUCCUGGUAACACCAGAACUCAGAGCUGCUGGAGUCAUUGACCUCCCUUUGUGUCUAACAGGAAAAGCCGACUCACAUCCAAGCUGAUGAAGUUGGCUCCGUGUCUAAGACAUUGGUGCUUUGGGUCACACACGAGGGAACCUGCAGCCCCCUGUUCCUCUGUGGUCCACAGGCAAACAAUUGGCUUCCUUCUCUUCGGCGCACCCUCUCCUUCCAGGGAUUAACAUGAAAAGUACCGACAGAAGUCUCUUCUGUUGUCAUGGCAACACUUCUUCCCUGAUAGGAUUUUGGCCAUUCCGGGCACGCUUCUUCACUCUCCUACCUUAAGCCUAGACUAGCCUUGUUUUGAGUAUUCUGUGUUAUUUUUAUUGUAGUAAGAACAUCCCGCAUGAAGUCUGCCCUCUCCAGUUUUUACAUGUGCAAUACAGCACACAAGGGCUAUAGGCACACGGCUUAGAGCAGACCUCUGGAACUUGUGCAUACUGGAGUCAUGGAUAUUUUAUUGCUCACUGAUCAGCCAUGCCCCCUUCUCCAGCCCUGAUAACCACCACUCUGUUGUUUGAUUCUAGGAGCUGGACUGUUUUAAAUACCUCAGAGCAGUGAGAUCUGGUAGAUUUUGGGCUUUUGUGACUUGCUUAUUUCACCGAGCAUAGCGUCUCCCAGGUACAAUGUCCACCUUGUCAUAUGUUAGGCGCUCUCCCUUUCUGGAUGCCGAUCCCAUCGUGCUGCAUGUCCACUGCAUUUUACGUUUUUAGUCACCUGUCGGCAAACAUGAUACUGUGUCUUGACUACUGUGGAUAAUGCCCCAGUGUACAUGAGGAUGGACAUAGCUUUUCAAGAUCCUGACCUCUCAAGCCUUUCAGAUAAAUACCCCUAAGUGGAAUUGCUGGGCCACACAGUAAUUUUAUUUUUAAGCCUUUGAGGACCUUUCCUCGCGCUGUGUUUCCCACAGCAGAUGCAUCAUUUUACACCCCUAACAUCAGUACCCAAGGGCCCAGUUUCUCCACCAUCAACUAGUUGUCUGUUGUCUUCUUAAACGGGGAGCAGCUGAGUUAUCCUUUGCCCUGGUCCAGCUCUGAAUUCCAGAUGCAAGUACCUGUGAUCACAAGCUAUCCAUCCUGUUUCCUCAGUGGCCCUGGAAUCUUGAUCUACAUUUUCUGAUUCAUUAAUUUACUCAAGUGGCAUUUACCUAGCACAUCUUAUCAUUUUGUGAUUAAUUCUACUGACUUCCAUAGGCUGGGUUUCCUGGAGUGUCAGAAAUGGGACUCUCUACUUUGUUUUACGCCAUUAUCUUGAUAGCUCACAAGAACCAUGUAAGGCUUCUCUGGGCUCCAUUUUCUGGAAGAAGAAACUGAUUCUUGAGAAGUUUGAAGAUCCUUGAGGCUUGAGUCACAUUUUGAGUAACAGGGACAGCAUUUGAAACUGAUCCCACAGCCCAGGCUUUAAUUGGAGACUUUUUUCGGCCAUCACAAACCUUUUGAAUUACUCAUUUUAAGUGAGAAACUGAUGGAUCAAACUCCAUUUUUAUGAUGGCAGUUGUUAUUUAAAUGAUUCUUUCAAUUAAAACUGAACUUGGUUUUUAAAUAGCCAUUGAUGGCCUUCAUAAAAAUCUAUGUUAACAAGUCUAAAAGGUUGAUUCAGGGACAAGCAAGCUUUUUCCUAUCUAGGUCAGUUAAAAUUGGGGGUCAUAGCCCCUAUUUAUUUAGAUUGUACUUAUGGGCUAUAAACUCUUAUCUCUGUUUUGCGAAUAACACAGCCAGAAAAGCAAUUUCAGUGGGGAAUCCAUUAGGCUUUGACCUUGUUUCCUUUAUCUCUGAUCCCAGAGAGAUGCCUAUCUCAGUAUGUAGGGAAAAUCAGUUUGAAAUUGCAUCAAUAUCACAACUAACAAGAUUAUUUUACUCAUAUACAUGCUACCUACCUUUGGUCUGCUUUCCCCGUGAUUCAGCGUCACGGGACAUGGUGGGAGAAUCAAUGCUGGCCCUUCUUACCCUGUUGCAUGGUAAGCUAGGAGGAGUCAGGAGGUGUAUUUAAUAAUUAACUCUCUGACCUAUAUGAGACCUAUAGAUGCAGUCGUGGUGCCUGGUUCUUUGAGAUGCAUCCAGCUUUUCCCAGGCAUCUUCAAAUCUGAGUCAUUUAACAAAGCAAAGUAGAAAUGCUAGAACACGUGUGGUCCAGUAGCAGAGGGGCGUGGAGGGUAAACACAGCACCAUCCCUGUGUUCAAUGUGCACAGCGCUGGUACCGAUGCUGCUGUGCCGCCUGCGGUAGCCAGGUGGAAUUAAUGAAUGCUCUUCACUGCCUACUAAAGAACGCCCGAGCAUUUUCAUUACUUCCAGAGUAAACUCAGCAGGGCUGAUCUGAUGGCUAGUGGUGGAUUUAAGGAGAAUAUCAGUGAAAAGUGACUCUGACGAUAAAGCCCUGUGGUUUUCACUCGUCCUCAGUGGCCCAGCAGGCCCCUGAUUCCCAGGCAGCCUCCCAGUGUGGUAGAAGGAAGUGCAGGCCGUUUGGCAGCAAUGGCUACGGAAGCCCAAGCAGAACCUCCUGGCGGGAGAGCCUCUGAGGACAGGGCUUGGCUGCAUCACUUUUGUGCACAGGAGGAAAAUCGCUGGUAAUUGGUAGGUUUAUAUAUAUUAUUUUUAUAAUAGAAUGUUAAUCCUCUGAAAAACAUCAGAAAGUUAGUCUCCUAGAAAGAACUCUAUGCUUUCCAAACCUACUUCCAAGAAGGGUUCUAAACACCAGUAGGGUCCUUUAUCCUUCACUACUCCGAUGGUCUAAUGGGAUAGAUGAAUCAAUGUUUAUAUUUUUAAACCUGUAAAUAUUUUUAUUUUGAAUAUUUUGUAUAUUUGUUGAUAUAACUCCAUUUUGUGCAUAUGUACUAUUGUGCAUGUUGCUGGUUUUGAUAGCCACUCUUUUAACAAAUGUAAACAGGUUGGACUAACCGGCUCUCUGCUUUCAUUCAUCUUACACUGAAAAUACAAUGUUGCCAUUUUAACUGCUGUGUUUAAAUUCCGUCAAUAAAUUCUGUUGCUCCUUUGCAGUUAAA